UCUCCGCCAGAGGGCGGCCGGUGACGUGUUAUUACCCGCGCAGACUUCCGGCAGAGUCCCCGGUGCCUGGAAGCUGCAGCUGGUGGCGGAAGGCUAUAUGUCAGCGGGCGGGAUGUCCUCCCUGAUGAGCCGCAUAGGCGCCCGUCCACUCUGGAGGGCUGCAGCACUACACAUGGCGACGGCGCAGAGUAGAUGCAGCCCAGUCGGAUGUCUAACGCCUGCUAUUCAAACAGUAUCUGAUUUUAACAGAUUAACCCACAAUGGCAUAGCUGCAGUUGGAGGAAGAAGAAAGUGCCAGUUUAGGAGGACUUACAGUAGUUCACAGACUGUUGAUCCUCUGGAGAUGAAGAAAUUCCAGGCAUGGUCAGCAAAAUGGUGGGAUGAGGAAGGAGUAUAUUCCCUGCUACAUACCAUGAACGACCUCCGUGUACCAUUUAUAAGAGACAUUCUAAUGAGCAAGCACCAUAAUCGUGAUACCGGGUGUCCACUCUCUGAUGUAACGAUCCUCGAUGUUGGCUGUGGUGGAGGGCUGUUGUCUGAGCCAAUUGGCAGGCUUGGUGCUGCAGUAACAGGAAUCGAUCCUCUAGAAGAUAACAUUAGGACAGCAGAAUUGCAUAAAUCAUGUGAUCCUGUCCUAGACAGCCGCAUCCAGUACAAGCCCUGCUCACUAGAAGAGCUGUCGGAGCACAGUAUGGAAAUGUUCAAUGCAGUUGUGGCUUCUGAAGUAGUGGAACAUGUGAAUGACCUUGAGUCUUUUAUUCAGAGCUGCUUCCAUAUACUAAAGCCAGGUGGUUCACUUUUUAUUACAACAAUCAGUAAAACCAAGUUAUCCUACAUUUUCGGAAUAGUGGUAGCAGAGAAGAUUAUGUCCCUUGUCCCGGAAGGCACUCAUGACUGGGACAAGUUUAUCUCACCUGAAGAGCUUGAGAGACUACUGGAAUCAAAUGGUUUUGUGGUUGAUACACUGAGAGGAAUGCUGUACAACCCUUUCAUGGGAUCCUGGAGCUGGUGUGAUGAUACAAGCAUUAACUAUGCCAUGCAUGCAGUGAAGGUGAUUGCCCAAGAGCAGUCCUCAGACAUUGAAUUUGAUAAAGAACAGGAGCAGCACAAGGCUGCUGAAGCUUCUGUGUAAAAGGAUAUAGGGGGUCAUUCAGAACUGAUCGCUAGGCAGCGAUUUUUGCAGCCCUGCGAUCAAAUAGUCGCUGCCUACAGUGGGAGUGUAUUUUUGCUGUGCAAGUAUGUGAACUCAUGUGUAGCAGAGCUGCUCAAACUGAUUUUGUGCAGUCUCUGCACAGCCCGGGAAUUACUCAGCCGCUGCGAUCACAUCAGCCUGUUCGGGACCGGAUUUGAUGUCAGACACCCUCCCUGAAAACGCUUGGACACACCUGCGUUUUUCCAGACACUCCCUGAAAACGGUCAGUUGCCACCCACUAACGCCCUCUUCCUGUCAAUCUCCUUGUGAACACCCAUGCGAAUGGAUCCUGCACACAAAACUCUUCGCUGACCGGCGAUCCCCUUUGCAGCCGUUCAUCGCCCCUGCGCAUUGCGGUGCAUACGCAUGAGCAGUUCAGAUCUGACCGCCCACUGUGCAAAAACGUACAGCAGCGAUCAGAUCUGAAUGACCCCCUUAGUCACAGGCUUUUUAAGCAGAUACUUCCCUCUCUGUGGACUGACAUGUUGCUUUCACCAAAACAAAGAGUUACUAAUACUUUGCAAAUAGUAGUAAGUAAUGCCAUUUUCAGAGGAAGGAUGUGUCUUUUUGCAUAACCCGUGUGGACCUUUGUUUUACACAUAUUGUUACUUGAGGAUUAUAUGCUAUUUUUGUUGGAAAACUACAUACUGUGUGUGUAUACUGAUAAAAUUUUAUCAAAACAAA